CCUCUGGGAUCGACUGUGCAGGUCUUACUUCUGACAGUAGAUUGUACAACCUACAACAAUGGCAGCAGUCGAGGCUACACAACCUGCCCUGGCUGAUGUUUCCAAAACCAGCAGCGAAGGAUAUGAAAAGAAAUGUAUUUUCUGCAAGAUUGUACACAAUGAAAUGGGCACGGAGCUUCUCCACUGUGAUGAGGACAUCUCAUGUUUCAGAGACAUCAAACCUGGAGCUCCCCAUCAUUACCUGGUCGUUCCAACCAAACAUGUAGGGAACUGUAAAUCACUCAGCAAGGAACACGUGCCUUUGGUGAAGCGGAUGGUUGAGAUGGGGAAGGAGAUCCUCCAGAAAAACAACGUUACAGACCUCAGUGAUGUCAGGUUUGGUUUCCACAGGCCCCCUUUCUGUUCUGUCACACAUUUACACCUUCAUGUCCUGGCACCUGCCAGUCAAAUGAGCCUUAUGUCUCGCGUCUUCUACAGACUAAACUCCUAUUGGUUUAUCGCGGCAGACCAGCUGAUUGAGCUUCUCAACUCUAAAGGAGAGACCAACUGAUCACUUGUUUGCAUCCAGUUCUUACAGAACUUGACUUUGAUGUGACUGAAACAUCCACCUUUCACACUCUCAAAUUAAGAUGCUGUCUUUCUGGUCAGGGCUACUGACAGUUUUUUAACCUGGUGACACAUUUUUAGCAUACAAAGCAUAAUGAAGACUUGAAUGAAGCCACAUCUUGUUUCUCGCUACUCGAGGCAUGCCACACCUCGUUUUGUUUUUUUUAAAUGUUUUUACAGAAGAAGUUAAUAAAAAAACAUUUACUUUAUGGACCAAAAGAAUAUGGUGUGAUUCACCUGAUUGACCUGUUUUCAUCUGUUAAUCACCUUUUUACUGAAUGGAAAGGUUAGUACAACUAUAGAUUGCCCAUAUAAUUCAAAUCUGUAGUAUUUCCUGACAUGGAAUACUGCCUUAGUGUUUUGCCAAUCUGAUUCAUGCAUGUAUAACUGACAUUCAUUUCAAACUCUCGAUGAAAUAUGAAUUUGUGUAAUUGAUAAAAUUACAUAAAAUGUUAACUAGCUGUGAAUAUCACUUCCUCAGCUAUGUUGAGUUUUUUUUUUUCCUGAUGUGCAUUUUGAGGCUUAGCUGAUGUGGGUCAAAGUUCAGAGUAACACUUCCAUGAAGUAUUUAAAAAGCUCCUUCACAGUAGAAGCUGUUAGUGAUCCUUUGACACAUGCAUAAAGUGAAGUGCGCUUAAUCAACUCAACAAGCACUGAAAUAUAGUGGGGUAUUUGUUUGUAUGUGAUGCAGUGUCUUUAAGAUAUACAUCAUGAACAGUAUUGUGCAUGAAGUGAAUAUUUAUGCUAUACGAUAAAACUGUAUACUAAGGGAUGAAAAGAAAGAAAAAACAUACUGUACUGUAUGAAAGUGUAUGCACCUUAAGAAUGAAUUAACUUAUAAUAAAUAAUACA